UGUCAUUCAUUUUCAAUGUCAGAGCGCGGAGCGGGCGAACACUUCAGCCUGUUUUUUUCCCUCUCGCUCUCAUUACAAAAGGCAGGACAUUAUUCAUACAGACUGGCCGAGGGCUGAGGGGAGAGAAUGAUAGACAGAGAGAGGGAGAGAGAAAGUGAGGGGAAAGAGAGAGAGAGCGCGUGAGUGAGCGGGAGGGAGGAGGAGGAAGAGAACGAGUGCGAUAGAAGGAGGGAGGAAGAGAGGAAAGACGGUAGAAGAUGCCGUGCAGUUUGGGGAGCGCGUCUUUGUGGAUGAAUUUAUGGUGGAUGAUGCGUUUGGACUUGUGAAAUGUGGUGGUAAUUUUUGUGUCGACAUUUUUGUUGGGUUUUAAAGGGCGUUUUGUAGCGAUACAUGACUAAUAAUUCUUCAUAUUCAUAACGCGCAACAUAUAAGCUACGCAUGUAAAUUCAUGUUUAGGAUUUUAAUUGGGAUAUAUUUUGUUAUCGCUAAUGUUUUGUUGAGCAAAGCUUAUGUCUUUUAAUGAGUAUUACAUAUAAAUCUUAUGGCUUUUAAUGAGUACUACAAGGUAACUUAAUAUUUGUAUUUUACUUUAUGACUGGUCAAUUUUGAAACUGCGCAGUAAAUGUUUAUCUGCCAUUUGUAACUUUUUCCAGUUUGACAUGAGAUUAUCGCACAUUAUCAAGGAAGAGUUUAGGAAAAUAAAAACGCGGAGUCAACUUCGCGAAUACUUUUUUUUUUUUUGUCUCCGAUGACAAUAUUGUAAAUAUAUAUUUUUAAAAUCAAAACACAAACGUUUUUGUGGUAUGUGAAUCUGUAAUAAAGAUUUUAUUACUGAAACGUUUUGUUUAUGAUUCGUACGAUACUGACAAACUGCAAGUGCUCGAGCAGCAUACUGUUGUUAUGGUUACCACCUUUGACUAACGCGAAGUCUGUUCGUUAGCGACUAGCGUCGAUUGAAAAUAUGCACUCUUGAGUAACUUGGUACUCCAACUUUUAUGGGUGCCAAAAUGUUGCGUAAAAAAGCCCAUCUAUGUUUUUAGAAAGUGUUUGCUAAGGUCCCACGUCUUGUUUGUACUUUGGCUACUUGGGGUGGUGCUUAUUUGUGAACAGACUCCCCCAAACCUUCCAUAAUUCGCCACCUGACUGGUUUUUAAAUGGCGGAUUACAGUAAACACGUCUAAAGAAAUAUUAGAAAUACUAUAAUGAAACAUGCUCAUUGCGAUUAUUAGUACUGUUAUCAACUAUGGUUAUAUUUUUAAGCCGUCAAUUUUUUGUUGGCUCCAUGCAUACUGUUUACAUACAUGUGGUACAGUAUUAUUCUCUUGUGUGUUCUUAGAUUUGUCCUCUGAUUUGUAAAACAUGAAGCUGAUUGUUCCGUUCUGACUUGCAGAGGGACAACAUUACAUUGUACUGUUAAUAAUUAAGUUCCUCAUCAGAUAUAGACUUGUUCCUUUGUAAAAGUUUACUGACUUGAACAUCCUUCAUUGCACCUAUAGGGCUGUGCAUUUUUCUGCAAAUUUGGAUUCUCUACCUAAACUAGCAAGCUGACAUUUUAAAAACGGUGAACGUCUUAAAGACUGUCUGGAGGGCAGUGCGCCGUCGGAUCGACUCCAACAUCAGAUGCUCCAAUGCUGAGAACAAGCAAACUGGUCUCCAUGUGAAGCUAUCCCAUGAUGCAACAUGUGUCCCCAGCACCAGCAUUGACCAUGAUGGCCACACAGAGCGUCCCACCACCAUCGUACCAGGAGAGCCAACAGAUGACAGGCACUACGCAGCAAAACUCAAAGGCCCAGCAUGUCCACCUCUCUGCAGCCUCAGCAGCAGGGACCGCCCCGGUCAGCGUGACGCUCGACCCCCAAGCCCAGCUGGAGUCAGACAAACGAGCCGUUUACAGACAUCCUCUUUUCCCUCUUCUGGCGUUGCUGUUUGAGAAGUGUGAGCAAGCAACACAGGGAUCAGAAUGCAUCACCUCCGCCAGCUUUGACGUCGACAUCGAGAACUUCGUCCACCAGCAAGAGCAGGACCACAAGCCCUUCUUCAGCGAGGACCCUGAACUAGACAACCUGAUGGUGAAGGCGAUCCAGGUGUUGCGGAUCCACCUGUUGGAGCUGGAGAAGGUGAACGAGCUCUGUAAAGACUUCUGCAACCGAUAUAUCACCUGCCUCAAGACCAAGAUGCACAGUGACAAUCUGCUACGGAACGACCUGGGCGGCCCGUAUUCACCAUCACAGACCAACCUCGGUCUGCAGCAGGACCUGCUUCAAAACUCAUCCCCAUCCCUCACCUCUGUCUCCAGCUCGGUAAACCCCUCUGGGAUCGUAGUCCCUGCUGGUUCGCUGCAACAGAACAACGUUGCCAUGACCACUAUCAACUCUCAGGUGGUCUCAGGUGGGACGCUGUAUCAACCGGUGGCAAUGGUUACCUCACAGGGGCAGGUGUUAACCCAGGGGUUACCGCAGGGAACCAUCCAAAUCCAAAACAAUCAGGUGAACCUGGACUUGUCCUCGCUCUUGGACGGCGAUGACAAGAAAUCCAAAAACAAACGAGGCGUCCUUCCCAAACAUGCCACUAACAUUAUGCGUUCCUGGCUCUUCCAGCAUCUCAUGCAUCCUUAUCCUACAGAAGAUGAGAAAAGACAGAUCGCAGCACAAACAAAUCUUACCUUAUUACAGGUGAACAACUGGUUUAUCAAUGCCCGUAGGCGUAUACUGCAGCCCAUGUUGGAUGCCAGUAAUCCUGACCCUGCCCCCAAAGCCAAGAAGAUGAAAUCUCAGCACAGACCCACACAGCGCUUCUGGCCCGACUCCAUUGUAGCUGGAGUCCUGCAGACACACGGAUCCCACUCAGCAAACAAUUCAGACAAUUCUCUGGGCAUGGACGGCCUGCAGCCUCUGUCCUCCGAUUCCGCCACACUGGCGAUGCAGCAAGCCAUGCUGGGAGGAACUGACGAUUCCAUGGAUGGCACAGAGGAGGACGACGAAGAAGAGGAGGAAGAAGAGGGAAUCGAUGAGGAGGAAGAUGAAGAAGAGGAUGAAGAAAGUGAGGGAGGCAGACAGAUGGCUCGGAGAGAUCUGGGCCUCAACCACAAUGAAGGACUUGAAUAUUUUGCUUUUCUGUUGCCACCCACAGUUCACAGGAUGUCUAUCGCAAACACGGCCGCCCAAGCGAUGCUCUCUGAUGCCCUGCUGAGGGAUAGUAAUGGGGACAAUCGCAUCCGACACCUGGAGCUGGAUUUGCCAUUGGAUAAAGUCAUCAAGUUCAUUUCUGUGGGCCUGCCGCUCCUUCUGGUGUCCAUGGCCUUUGCCAGAGAGAUUUCUAUCGGCCCACAGAUUAGCUGCUUUCCUCCCAACAACUUCACAGUAAAGCAAGCAGCAUAUGUGGAUACGUACUGCUGGGACUCUCUCAUGCACCAUGAGUUUGACACAGAUGGGAACUUUGAGGAACGUUCACUGUGGGUACAUAAAAUGUUUCCAUACUCCUUAUUGGUCAUGGCCAUGAUGAUGUACCUGCCGGCUCUGAUGUGGCGGCAUCUAGCCGUGCCCAGUCUGACCUCUGACCUGUUUUUCAUCAUCGACGAGCUGGACAAGUCCUACAACCGCUCUAUCCGCCUGGCCCAGAGCAUCCUGGACCUAAAAGAGCAAUCAGAAAACCAACUGCAGUUUCAGGCUGAGCUCGAGAGAGCCAAGCGCAAGCGGUACUUUGAGUACCCCCUGCUGGAGAGAUACAUGCAGUGCAAACAUGGCUCCUACUUCCUGGUUAGCAUGCUCUUCCUGCGAGGCUUCCUGCUCUUGACCUUCAUGUCCGCCUCAUGCCUCUACCUAAUCUACUUCCACCUCUCAGCCUUUCUACAAGAUGAAUUCAGUUGCUUUGUGCGCACCGGCCUUCUCCGUGACCAGCCCUGGGUGCCUGAGCUAGUUCAGUGUAAAAUGACUGGCCUACUUGUGUUCCAGGUCAUUAGUGUAGCUAACGGUGCCGUCUAUGUGCUGCUAGCUCCUAUUGUUCUCUUUAGCCUGCUGCGUUUGUUCUGCUGGGACACAACCUUCCUCUCCCUUUAUGAGGUGCUUCCCGGAUUGGGGCUCAUCAGCGGUCAGAAACUGGGCUGCCCACUUAACGAUCUCAAUGUGCUGCUCCUCUUCCUACGCGCCAACGUAGCGCAGCUGCGAUCGUACGGCCGCCUGAGGGCCGUGUGCUCCCUCGCGCCUCCUCGAUUGAAGGGUUUUAAGGCUGGGCUGACGGAGGAGCAGGCCGAGGAGGUGGCGGAAGCCGCCGAAGAGCUCGAGGAGGAGAUGAGAGAGGCCAGAGAGGAGGGAAAGCUCAAUCUAGUAGACAUCAUGACUGUGCUGGGAGCAGCCAGAGGAAACGCAGUGAACUGUUCAGAGCAGCGCCCUCUUGUGGAACAAGACAUGACGCUUGAGCCUAACCACCAGGGGUACCAUGAGUUGAAGGAGACUACAACAUGUUGUUUUGCCUAAAGCACCAGCAAUGGACUGAACCAGCACUGUCAGACUCUAGAGGCCCCUGUAGAACAGCUAAACCUCUGAGAUGAAAUAAACAUGAAGAUAGUGACUAGAACAUCCAAUAGCUACCUGUAGAACUCUUCUUUUAUAGUCCAGAAUCAUUAGAAAAAAAUAUCUGGAUUUAAAAUAAUCCCCAUGGAUUUCUUACACAAAUCACCUCAGGAAUAAAAACCCAAAGUCUGUAUUGACAAUUUGAAAAAGCCUCCAAUAGCUAGCCUUCUUAAACUUGAUUUUUAUAUCUUUAUUUAUUCUUUUCAUUCUUAUUAUCUGAUGUGAGUGGAUUCCAUACUUCUUUGAAAACUGGAUUCUUUACUUGACCUUUUGUUCUCUUUUGUAAGUAGGUGAAAUAAAAUUUGUUUAUAUUUA